AUGAAUCCUAGUUGUAUGGGUCCCAUGAAAGUUAUUAUGAAUAAAGCCAAGGAAGAGAUAAAGAUGUUUGGACCAAAAGAGAAACAUUUUUUUUGUGGCGGCAACCGGAGUGUUGCGAUGGCAGUGGAGCUGCUGCGACAGGGCAAAGUAAUUGCAGUACCAACAGAUACAGUGUACGGUUUGGCUUGUCUAGCUGCUGAUUCACACGCCAUCCAGCGAUUAUAUGAGAUUAAGCAGCGGGACGAAAGGAAACCAUUAGCGAUUUGCCUGAGUAAUGUUAAGGAGGUAUGUAUAUGGGGCAUCACGGAUGACAUUCCAGCUGGUAUGCUAGAGGAUCUGCUUCCUGGACCCUACACGAUAUGCCUGCGGCGCAUGCCUGCUCUGAACAAGGCUUUGAAUCCGGGCGUCGACACCGUGGGUAUCCGUGUGCCCAAUGACAAGUUCAUUCGCAGUGUCGCCAAGAUCGCUGGUCCACUUGCACUCACCAGUGCUAACAUUAGCAAAGAGCCAAGCAGUGUACACCCGGACGAGUUCUGCGCAUUGUGGCCACAGCUCGAUGGUAUCUUUCACAGCUCCAGUAAUUCCAAGAAGCAGACCGAUAUGCGUCGGGUCGGCUCCACUGUGGUGGACGUGUCGAAACCUGGUUAUUAUUCGAUCGUACGUAGCGGUAUCUCUGCGCAUGUCAUCAUCAGGAUAUUACACAAAUACCAUCUGGAAAUGAACAUAACGGAGUAA